UUAUGAUUAGAUCUACUAAAGAUGGAUUUGUCUGAAACGUUGACUGCAUACCUACUAAUUAUGCUGUUUCAUGCUAGGUGGCCCAAACUACCUAGUGAACCCUACUCGAGCCGUAUCACCACACACGCAGCCUACUCACCAGGACGCCACGAAUACAUAGUCUUGUCUCAAAUCAUGCCCUUCCUUUGUAGAUGUCAUGGAAAUAAUGCACGCUGGUCUCUUGACUCACUUUCAUGGCUAAUAUUUGAUGCGUGGCGUGAAGAUAUCCAAUUAGCUAGGUCGAGUUCGUCGCGUAUUGGGUUUGGGUUAUCCUUCCAACAAAGGACCCCUUUAAUAAUUGUAUGCUAUAUAGGCGGUCUUGGGACCGAAUCCUACGGGUAGUAUUGAUAUACAUUAUAUUGUAUCCGUCCUUAAUCACCCUUGUGGAAGCAAUUGGAUUCUCGACAUGGCCAAGAAAGCAGAAGUUGAAUCACGUAUCGCUGUCUCGCCUAUCCCGCAUGUGGCACCGGGUUAUUAUACCAAUGAAAAGCCCCUAGAAGCCGGUGUGCGCUCCGCCUUUGGGGGCUCACUCAUCAGUCAGGCAAUAGUAUCAGCAUCCGAGACCGUCCCCGUCGGCUUCGUCGUUUUCUCUUCUUACACUGUCUUCCCGCGUCCUUCCGAUUCAAACCAAAAGACCGUGUAUCAUGUCGAACGCAUUGCUGAUGGACGUGCUUACGCUACGCGAGUGGUGCGUGUCACACAGCAGGCCAGAAACCACAACCAAUGUGUUCUGGUCUCGACCAUAUCAUUCCAAAAUACGAACAUCCCACCAGGCAACGUAUUACUCAAUUAUUCCAGCCCGAUGCUCCAACUCGGUGUUAAACCCGAGGAUAUCUCGCCGCAGAAAGGCUUCGAGCAUGCGAAGAAGUACAUUAACGACUCGAUGUCCGUGUUUCAUCGUCGGGUUGAACAAAGUCCAUUUGACUGGCGUGACUUAGACUACGAUUUCGCAGAGGAUCCCACGCGGUUCACGAUGAGGGGAUUCUUCCGCACCCCGCCUCUGUCGUCGGAUAGCCACUCGACACACCUCGCGGCUAUUGCCUAUGCGUCGGAUGAGAAUUCAAUGGCGGCAGCGCUUUUUGCGAAUCUCAACCAGACUGGGAAUAAAAUAGAGAAUUUGGCACUGAUGGCUAGCCUUACGCAUAACUUGUCGCUGCGUGAUACCAAUGCUAGGGAUGAUGAGUGGAUGGUCUUUGAGCGGAGCACUUCGUGGGGGGCGGAAGGGUGGUAACUAAUUUACGGUUCUGGAAUUGGAAGACUGGUCGCUUGGUUAUGGAGGCUACGCAGGAGGGGUUGAUACGGUUGAAAGAUAGGAAGGGACUUGCGAAGCUGUGAUAAUGAUAUGUUUGGUGUCUGGAAUUAUAUUAUGGAGAUGCGAGGUUUCUUGGUAACUCAUAGGAUAUCGUCAAGUUCUUCAUUCGUUAUGUACCAUCCACCAAAAUUGACCUAGGUGGCCUAUAUACUAUGGUGUAGCCUAGUCAAUGUCCCUUCGCUUCCGACCUGGAGAUUAAGCCUA